AUGGCGGAUCCCCUCAGCAUGACUGCCAGCGUACUAGCAGUUGUUACUGCUACGAUUCAGAGCGUCCAGUUCGUCGUUACAACAAUUGAUAACAUCGAAAGCGUCCCAGAAACGGUUAAGGAAAUCAGGAACGAGCUGACAGCUCUUAAGCUGAUCCUCCAACAUCUACAGCAGCGCCCAGUAUCAGCUGCGCAAAAUACAGCUCAAGGUCUACUAGCCAGUCCAAUUAUUACGCGUAGCCUCGAAAACUGCGAAGGCGCAUGCAAACGCUUCGGUGAAUGGCUCAACCGGACUAUGCGACACUCGACUGAGGAUAAGAUUUCCAAGGUGGACAGGUCAAAGAUCGCAAUCUUCGGCCGAAGGAAGAUCGAUGCCUUCAGGGGCCAACUGGAUAACUAUAAAGCCACACUUCAACUUGCGCUCACGACUGUCGUAAUGCUCUCCAAUCCAGCGUUUACGCCAGAAACAAUUUCGGAGAAGGCCAAACAGCUAGAAAAACAUGAAAAGGAUAUCGGACAAAAGAUUGCUGUGACAAAAGGAAUUGAGACCAAGAUUGAGGAGGAGAUACGACAGCUAAACAUAGCUUCAGACAUCACAAGCAGCAAUGUAGACCAAGCCCAACAAAAGCCCAUUCCAGCCUUGGUCGACAACGAGUCCAACGAAGCAAUGAAGGAGCUAAUCAGCGAGCUGCAGCAUCUAAAGUCUUCGAGCCAGACAUACUGUCAGCUUAGCGAGGAGGCCCUCAGCGAAACAAUGUCCCAGCGUACUGGAACAAAUGUGUCGAUAAGAGGCGUUACAGUGACAGACCAGGGGCUCACAAUCAACGGCGUCAUAUCAGAAACAGGUGAAGAGUUGAAGAUUCAGUUGGACAUCUCAGAUGUCACUGUUAAAGACCAGGGGAUUGCGGUAAACGUGGUUGCAGACAAACUGGACCUCAGUGCAAUUCUUGCUGCGCGCAAUGAAGCUGUAAGGCUUCAUGCAGGAGACAAGAAACCUGUCGAAGGCAAGAUGAAUGGGCACAUUCUUGGUCCUGAAACAACUAUAGAAAGGGCUGGAGUGGCUGAGGUCCAGUCGCCUACUGGACAGGUCAGGACUAGCCGCAUACUACGCUUCUCUUAG